AUGACCAAACCAAGGCAAAAGUCUUUCCCGCCAAUUGUCUCGAUCGUCGGAUUCCACCAUGCCAAAGGUCCCGAUGUAGAACACUGGUUUGGUGGAGAUGAGGAUCUUGAUGAUGUCUGCACCGAUGCAGAAUGGCCGUUUUUCCCGUUCAUGGCUCUUUGCGAUGGGUCCCAUAGCUUCGAACAGGACUUUAGCUAUUUUACGCUUAAGCGCGAACCAAGAGGGGAUCGGCCGGCUAGCUCGUUGUUCGGAAUAUCAUGCACUAUGCAGUUGGACUCGAGGCUGCUGAAGGAGAGGAGUGCAGAAGUCACAAGAUCGACUGUUCAGAAGGCGGUGGUGGUUAUCACCGACAGCCCCGUCUAUUUUGGACACUUGAGGGAACAGUUGGUGAUGGUUACCAGUGCCUGGUUUGCACAGAGGAAUUUUGAUGAUUUGGAAAUCAUAAAGAAAUUCCGAGAAAGUCUCGUCAGAUCGAUAUGCGGACGAGAUGACGGAUUUGAUCGUGAGACCUAUCUCGGGCUCUCACUCCGCGAGUUCAUUUAUAGAUUUCGUCACAACGCCCUCGUUCUUUUUAAAUGCGCCCUCCUGCAACCGAAAAUGCUCUUCUUUAGCUCGAAAUCAUGUGAAAAGCUGUGCAUGACCCAGUUCGCAUUAGUAUCGCUGAUACCAGGACUUUUGGAAAAAUUGCAGGAUGCUAGUGACCCAGAGUUGAAUGAUUAUGAAGAAACGAGAGAGAAAGCCGUGGAUUUGAAGACAAGUGACCGUCAUUCACUGUUGGCGUAUAUGGGAUGUCCUUUGCAGAUUUUCGGAAAGGGCAGCUUAUUCGGUCCUUAUACACCGUUACAGCAGCUGGAUAUGCUGGCUGACCAACAUACGAAGUCGUAUAUUGUUGGGUCGACAAAUUCGCUAUUACUACAGCAGAAAGACCGGUAUUCAGAUAUUAUCGUCAAUCUUGACGAUCUAUCGUUAAAUAUCACAUCGUCAUCUCUAAGAGCUGCACUGACUCUCACACCUGCGGACAAAAGAUGGAUAAACAGUCUGUCGCAGACAGUUGUCGACUCUUGGGAUGAGAAUGACCCAUCCCGGCCGAAAACUAUGGCCUUCACUGGUAGCGAGGACUUCAUUCGCAUGCAAUUUGAAGAGUACAUUUUGGCAUUGCUGUCUUCGGUCAAGUAUUCGACGUAUGUUGAACGACAUGCGGAUGACGCUAUCCUUCUAGCGGAAGUGGAUGGGGAUCCGUCUGCCGACUUUGGGGUUGAUUGGGUACACCACUGGAAGACGACCGAAAACUAUCGGAUCUUUGAAAAGUUCACCGAGGACAAUAUCUUCGAUGUUAUCCCUCCACGCCACGUCUACGCCGGCGCUCGUGCGUAUGAGGAUCUGACAAGAAGAAUUAACCAGUUAGUCACCCUCCCAUCAACCCUUCUCCAGUCACUCCUCCCCUAA